CCGUAAGAUAACACGUUACUGGUACAGAUAUUAGCAGGAUUUCGACCUAAUUAUUUCAGUUCCGGGUGGAACAAUAAAAAAACAUAGAUAAAAUUUUAAUUUCUAUUUACUUAUAUGUUACAGAGAGAAGACAAAAGAUCAUAAAGUCAGUGCAAACUAUGAAGAGAUGAAACAAACUUUGAAUGAGACCUGACUUUGGAAUAUGUCUGCUACAAGUACCACAUCCACUAUUAAGCCCAUACGAAAUAAAGAUGUACAAGUUUCAAAGACAUCGCAGACCACCGAGUAUGAAACCCACUUACAGAUUGUACUGGGUACGGUGUUUGGUGUGUUUGGAUUCCUGGGGUUGUUAAUUAUAGGGACUCUGAUUUACAGAUUCUGUAAGAACAGAAAUAGGAGUAAUAGAUCAGGUAAAGUUGUAACCUUUGUGUGAAUUUCCAGUGAAAAUACAGUAUCUGCUGAAGUAACUACAUAUUUGGAGCAGAAGCAGGUACCAACAGUAUUAUUACUCUACUCCUAUGAUUGUAGUGCUCAUGAGAAAGUUGUUGAGGCCUUGUCAGGCUUUCUUAUCGAGACAUGCAACUGUAAUGUUCAUCUUGACAUGUUUGAGGAGCAACUGAUCAUGGAGCGUGGCUUAGAUGAGUGGCUGGUGGAUAAUCUACAGGAAGCGGAGUUUAUUAUUGUUCUAAGUUCCAUUGGUGCAAGAUUAAGGUGUAGUAAAAAGAAAGUUAGAUUCAAAGUUGAAGAUGGUAAAAUAUUGCCUGAUUAUUUUGCAGUGGCUGUUGAUUAUGUUGCUGAAAAGAUGAGAGUAGAAAGGUCAAAGGGUAUGCCUUUGACUACAUUUUGUGUUGCUUAUAUGGAUUAUUCUACAGAGAGUGAUAUUCCUCCCCAACUAGAAAUGGCAUUUAAAUUUUGUCUUAUGAAGGAUAUAACUGCACUGUUCUGUCAUUUACAUGGAAUUCAUGGUGAACCAACGAAAGACGGUGCUCCUAUUGUUGGUUUAACACCAGACACUUUUGAUACAACAGAAAUGGGGCUUGAAUUAAAAGUUGCUUUAGAAUCAGCCAAAGGAGAAUUUUCAAAAUCAAAUCCCAGAUUUUGGGUUGAAGGAUAA